AUGGCGAACGAAUCAACGAUGACGGAAGAACAAAAGAAAGACACAUACCUGAGUCCUCUCGGGGGAGGACAGCCGCAACCACCGUCACCGCUGACUCCAAUCUCGUCACAUCGAAGUCAAGCCCCUGCCAGCCUAUACUCGACUCGAUCCUAUGUCGAUGGCCACAGCACAUAUUUCAGGCAGGAAGCAGAGCAAGGCGAUGUCCCGGUUGGGGAAAAAGAAGUUGAUGUGGAAGGUAGCCCCAAUGAGAAAUCCUUCGAAGUGACUUGGGACGGGCCCGAUGAUCCCAUGAAUCCCAAGAACACGAGCCUCGCCAGGAAAUGGCUUGUCGUGAUAACGUUGGCCUUUGGCUCAUUGUGCGUCACUUGUACCUCAUCGUUAUACACGACGACAUAUGAGAAAAUGGAUGCCGAAUUUGGAAAUUCCCGAAUCGUCGCAACUCUCGGUCUGGCUCUUUUCGUUUUCGGCUUGGGGUUGUCGCCCAUGUUCCUUGGUCCAUUGUCUGAAUUCUACGGCCGUCGGCCCAUCUAUAUCUUGGCCUAUAUCUUUUUCACCAUCUGGCUCAUUCCCUGUGCCGCCGCCCCGAAUAUUCAGACUAUGCUGGUGGCUCGGUUUCUGGACGGCUUCUCGGGAAGUGCCUUCUUGUCUGUCGCCGGAGGCACCGUCGGCGACAUGUUCACUCGCGACACACUUCAAGCACCGAUGAUGGUCUACACCGCCAGUCCUUUCAUCGGUCCAGGUAUUGGACCCAUUAUCGGCGGAUUCAUCAACUACAACACUUCCUGGCGAUGGUCGUAUUACGUCCUUCUGAUCUGGUCCGGCGCCAUGCUCGGGGCCAUCACCCUCCUUGUGCCAGAGACUUAUAUGCCCGUCGUCUUGCGUAAGAAGGCACAGCAGAAACGAAGAGAGACGGGCGAUGACCGGUGGAAGGCUCCGAUUGAGAUCCUUGAGCAAUCUCUUUUCUGGACGGUGGUGCGAUCUCUGUACCGGCCGUUCAUGCUUUUAUUCAUGGAGCCCAUGUGUUUCAAUUUGUGCCUGUUAUCGUCAAUCCUUCUGGGGAUUCUGUAUCUGUUCUUUGGCGCCUUCAACCUGGUCUUCUCCGAGGUGUACGACUUCAAAUUGUGGCAAGUUGGUCUCUCAUUCCUUGGCCUCCUGAUUGGUAUGUUGUUGGCCAUGGCUUCGGAUCAUUUCUGGCACAAGAACUAUCUUCGACUGCUUUCAAAUCAUGAGAGGAGAACUGGAGAACGCAAAUCCGAGCCAGAGUAUCGCCUUCCCCCUACCAUUGUCGGAGUAUGGUUUUGCGUGGUAGGACUCUUCUGGUUUGCGUGGACAAUUUAUAGGCCCAUCCACUGGAUUGUACCCAUCAUCGCAACAUCCUUCUUUGGAUUCGGCAUCAUUUUGUGCUUCUCGGGAAUCUUCACGUUCUUGGUGGAGGCUUAUCCCCUGUACGCCGCAAGUGCACUCUCCGCCAACUCAUUUGCUCGCAGUUCAUUUGCAGGUGCCUUUCCCUUGUUCGGAGUGCAGAUGUAUAACACACUCAAUUUUCAUUGGGCAACAACCCUCUUGGGUCUUCUUUGCCUGGCGAUGGCCCCUUUCCCCUAUCUGUUCUUCAUUUAUGGCAAAAGAUUGCGGCAAAAGAGCAUGUUCACCAACCUUUCGGCUUGA